AUGAUGGAAACGCUCCGGACGACUGAGGGAACAGAGUUCAUGUUUCAGACCCAGGCACCGCUCGCUGCUGCCGCUUAUCACAAGAAGGUAGCGGACCACCACGAGGAUCCCAGAAACGUUGGAUCCUUGGAUAAGAAUCCAAAGAAUGUCGGAGCAGGCCUGGUAGGUGCACCAGCUUGUCGUGAUGUCAUGAAACUACAGACUGAAGUGGACGAUAACGGGAAAAUUGUUGACGCAGGAUUUAAAACAUUUGGUUGUGGAUCUGCAAUUGCUUCUCGCUCACUGGCUGUGGAAUGGGUCAAAGGGAAAACUGUUGGAGCCUUGGCGAUUAAGAACACAGACAUUGCUAAGGAGCGAUGUCUUCCUCCAGUCAAAUUGCACUGCUCAAUGCUGGCAGAAGUUGCAAUGAAAGCUGCUCUGGCUGACUACAGAGUGAAACAACAGAAGAAAUAAAAAGGAUUCUAACUGCAAAGUGUCAACUUCACCAUGCUUCCCCAGCGACCAAGGGUGCAACUAUUACAGUGACCCAAUUGUGUAGUGGAAUUUCAAUAAGCUAAGGGAGAAAUCUGUUUAGAUAAAUACUGCAUUGAAAGAAAGACAGUAGCAAGCUGUAAGUUUAUUAAAUGGACUCAAUGUGUAAUUCAA